CGACACGUACCUGUUCUUCUCGAGGAAAUGAUCUUUUUCCCACAUGCCUCACAUGCUUGUAUAUCAAUUCAACUCGCCAAGGCUAACUGAGCAUAGCUCAGUUGCUCAGCCAUGAGAGUGAUGUGCAUAUGUGAAAUUGUGAACGUAUUUGUGUGCCGGACUUGUAUUCUCAAUUUCGAUUUCAGUACGCCAAACUAAUCUACCCUCCGAGUUCGCCCUCCCGGAAAAUUGAAAACGUAACGCAAUGCACUUUCAAAACGAGUACGCUAGCCAUACAAAGAGAAGCAAAACGGAGGCAAACCAAACGGGAAGAGGGAGCCGGGCGGUUACCUUCCCGCCAUUUCCUCCCUACCCACCCUUCCCGCGGCCAUGGCGACCACCCGAUCCCCGGCGCUAUAGAAUUCUCUCGUCGCCUCCCCUCCACCCCCUACGGCUCCGCAUCCCUCACCACCCUGACCCUCCCCGGCGUCGCUGCCCCUCCGCCGCCAUGGGCAACUGCUGCCCGGGCUCCGGGGAUGCGGAGCCCGCCCACGGCGCCGCCGACCCCUCCUCCCGCUUCGGCGCUGGCACCGCGUCCCUCAAGGCCAGCGCGUCGCCCGCCGUCGCUCCGGCCCCCAACAAGCCGCCGGCGCCCAUCGGCCCCGUCCUGGGCCGGCCGAUGGAGGACGUGCGGAGCAUCUACACCGUGGGCAAGGAGCUCGGCCGGGGCCAGUUCGGCGUGACCAGCCUGUGCACGCACAAGGCCACCGGGGAGCGGUUCGCGUGCAAGACCAUCGCCAAGCGGAAGCUGUCCACCAAGGAGGACGUCGAGGAUGUUCGGCGGGAGGUGCAGAUCAUGUACCACCUCGCCGGCCAGCCCAACAUUGUCGAGCUCAAGGGCGCCUACGAGGACAAGCAGUCCGUGCACCUCGUCAUGGAGCUCUGCGCCGGCGGGGAGCUCUUCGACCGGAUCAUCGCCAAGGGCAAGUACACCGAGCGCGCCGCCGCCGCGCUGCUCCGCACCAUCGUCGAGAUCGUGCACACCUGCCACUCCCUCGGCGUCAUCCACCGCGACCUCAAGCCCGAGAACUUCCUCCUCCUCAGCAAGGACGAGCACGCGCCGCUCAAGGCCACUGACUUCGGACUAUCCGUCUUCUUCAAGCAAGGGGAGGUGUUCAAGGACAUCGUCGGCAGCGCGUACUACAUCGCACCGGAGGUGUUAAAGAGGAACUAUGGCCCCGAGGCGGACAUCUGGAGCGUCGGCGUCAUCCUCUAUAUCCUCCUCUGCGGAGUUCCCCCCUUCUGGGCCGAAUCCGAGCACGGCAUCUUCAACUCCAUCCUCAGGGGGCAGGUCGACUUCUCCAGCGACCCGUGGCCGCGCAUUUCCGUCGGCGCCAAGGACCUCGUCAGGAAGAUGCUCACCUCUGACCCCAAGAAGAGGAUCUCUGCUUACGAUGUCCUCAAUCAUCCUUGGAUUAAGGAAGACGGUGAAGCGCCUGACACGCCACUGGACAACGCUGUCAUGAACAGGCUCAAGCAGUUUAGGGCUAUGAACCAGUUCAAGAAAGCCGCGUUGAGGGUCAUUGCCGGGUGUCUGUCCGAGGAAGAGAUCAGAGGUCUCAAGGAGAUGUUCAAGAGCAUGGACGCCGACAACAGCGGCACCAUCACCGUCGACGAGCUGCGGCGAGGUCUAGCCAAGCAGGGCACCAAGCUCAGCGAGGCUGAAGUGGAGCAGCUAAUGGAGGCCGUAAGUCCACGCACACUCGGCAUCUUACGUGUGCUGCAUGCCGAUGCCGACGGGAACGGGACGAUCGACUACGAGGAGUUCAUCACCGCGACGAUGCACAUGAACCGGAUGGGCAGGGAGGAGCACCUCUACACCGCGUUCCAGUACUUCGACAAGGACAACAGUGGGUGCAUUUCGAAGGAGGAGCUGGAGCAGGCGCUCAGGGAGAAGGGGCUCCUCGACGGCAGGGACAUCAAGGACAUCAUCUCGGAGGUCGACGCCGACAACGACGGGAGGAUCGACUACAGCGAGUUCGUGGCGAUGAUGAAGAAAGGGAACCCCGAGCCGAACCCCAAGAAGCGGCGCGACGUGGUGCUGUAGGAGAUCAGGAGCGAUGAAGUCGAGGAGCUGACAGCGGCAAGCCGGCGGCUCGUCUCUACUGACCGAUCAGGUUUCGGCGUACGUCGGGCAGUUGAUGCCACGAUGGACGGCACACUCGAGCAGAUCGAGCAAUGCUGUUCCAUGGCGCACGCAGUGGCGGUGCAUGAGCCCUGUAUAUAUUGGAGGGGGGAGGGAGAGGCUCACACUAUGUAACUAUGUGACGAAAGAGACGGGCGUAAUCCAUGCUUUAAUUUGUACUGACCCAUGCAACAGCUCGUGUUACUUAGAGCUGUUCGUGAAUCUGCACUGAUGGUUCCUCUUUGUUUAGUGGUCUGGCCUCUCGACGUGCGAUGCGACGACGACGAACUGUGCUGUGUAUCUUCAGAUGUGUAAGAGGAGAGAAUAGCAUACCCCGAAACCUGAAUGUUCACGAAACGGACACGCUUGGGCACAGUUUUCCCCUUCUUGUGCAUGAAGUGUAAGCAGUACAGCACGGUCUGCUUCAGGGUCUCCUUACUCAAGUCUGAAUUUAUCUGUCGUGCCCUGAACGACACAGUUCGCUUCAGGGACUCGUUACUCUGAAGGAAAAUGAAGGGACAAGAGAAGACAAAAAUACGAGAACCACAAGGGCAAGAGAAGAUAGAGCCG